AUGCAUCGCAUCCACCUUAACCAACUGCAGAGAUCUGUCCUCGCAGUCAUGUUGUCCGAGACUGCGAACAGUAUGCAUGCGUGCAGGCCGGUUGACAGCCAAGGUGCACACCGUGCCCUAGUUCACACGCAGGUUUUGUGCAUCGAAGGCUGCCUCCAGAUACUGUUGCGCCUUAUUGGAAGGCGAGUGGGUUGGCACCGGGGCGGUUCAGCAGAGGACAGCAGUGGGGAUAUAUCGAACCUGGGCUCAGAUGAGUCCGUUGACAACUGUGGACCAGCUAAAAUCAGACCAGCUAGCUCUCAGCCAGCAGAGGGCAGCAGUGGAGAUGUAUCAAACAUGGGCUCAGAUGAGUCCGCUGAAAACGGUGGACCACCUGGGGCCAGGACGCCUGGUCCCCAUCCAGGAGAGAAAGAGAUGUGGACCUCAAAGGAACAAUGGGAAAUUAGUCAUGCCUGGAAGUACACAGACCAGAUCUGCCAGUCCCUGCCAAGCAUGUUCCUGGAAGGCCCGAUGGACGUGCAGGUGGACUUGAAUGUGCUGAAACUCGAGGAUGGGACUCUGAAAGCUGUGACAAGGUCACAUGCAGAGGACAUCGUGCCUGAGAUCUUCUCUGUCCUCCCGCCAUGCCUUCCCCUUGGACCCCAGGGCACAGCCACAAUAGAGGUGUCCUUGGGGUGCUGGCAUUCUGCCUGGAGGCUGCUGGUUGUUCACAAUGGUACACUUGCAGCAGAGCUCGUGUUUGAGGGUUGCUCAGAAGAUUCCAAGGAGAUGGAUCUGGAAGAAGAGAUGCCAUAUCCACAGGGAGAAGGGCAGGGCCAAUCCCUACAAGUGGUGGUAGUUGUCAAAGAAACUGGGGCCAGAAUGACAAGGUGGGCAAACUUGGGCCGGCAGGUGCCUGGUGCCGUGGUGUUCAUCAUUGUGGGAGAGAGAGGCAGCACGACCCCCUCCACAAGCAGCUCGGCCCCCCUGCUUGCCCUGCCACCAGACGUGGCUCAGGAAGUCAAUGCACUGUUUGGAAAGAUUGUGGGGAGCGUGGCAAAGAUGGGUGGCUUCAGGAGUGGGGAGGAACGAGUGCAUGCAUGGCGAUCCUACUUCAGGGGCCUGGUGGUGGACAUUGAGUGCUUGCUGGCUGCACUGCCGUACUGGGACAAUUGGCUUGGGGAUCGCAAUGAGCGCAGGAUGCAGUAUCUCAAGAUGCUGAAAAAAAUGGUCGAGUACCUGGCAAUGAACCAAAUGUGGGAGACAAUGACCUUCCUGUUGAAGAAUUUCAUUCAGAACACUGGAACUGUUUCCAUCGCCGGUACAUCCCUUUCAGAAGACCAAAUGACGACCACAUUUUUGAAGUAUGUGUACGUGAUGAGCAAUGAGAGAACAUUUGCAUCGAUCGCCACUGAUGGCAGUGGAGCAGAUGUCACUUCAAAGGCAGACCAAGAAAGCUCAGUCAGUGCACAGACAGCCCAAGAGCCCCUCGAAGACAGCCUCUCCAGGUUUUCUGACAAGAAUGUGCCGACUACUGGUGAUGAAAGGGAGGGAGCAGUUGAGGUCCCUCGUUGCCAAGCAUUGACCUCGUACAGCCAAUCAACAGGAGAGGGCUCAACAGAUGGGUCUGCAAGCUCGAGUGGAAACUCCCAGACGAUCAGCGAUCCCACAUCAGGGUCAGCCGGGACACGCUCAAGGCGAGGGAGCAAGGCCGUUUCCUUAUCCUGGUCCCCAGGUGGACAGACCGAUAUCAGGGAAUGGAUGUGGCUUGGAUUCAAAGACAAGUCGCUUGAGAAGCGAUACAGACAGUUUGUAAACAGAGAGAGGGCCUUGGUGGACUUUCUGGUGGUGCUGGUGAGGAUCACGUCCUGUGCCAUAGUGGCCGCAUAUCUUUGCCAUGCUGGCCGCCAGCUGCCACAGUUUUUGGCAUGGAACCUGCUCGGGGCUUUGCUGCUGCUUAUUCCCGUGCUGUGGAGAGACCUGUAUAACGAGCAAAGGGAAGAUUUGGCGUUGGCCAUUCGGUUGGUCAGGCUGGGGUCGAUGCUGAUGUGGAGGAUGAUGAACUGGGCACGCGUGGACGAAGCAAACAGAACGUUUUGCAGGAGCACGCUGGAUGCUGGGCAACUCGUUUGGGAUGCCUUGGUGUUUCCAGUGUGGCUUCAGGUCAAGCUCUGGGUGCAUCUCGCUCUGGGAUCUCUUGAAGCGCUGCUGUUGAUAUUAGUAGGUAGGGGCAUCGCCGGGGGGCUGUGCGACCCCGGCCCGCUGCAGGCGUUGCUUACGUACGUGCUGUCUUGCCUUGCCGUCUUCGGCGUCGAGCGCUCCUUCAGGCGUGCUUUCCUCCAGUCGACCGGUGCCAGGAAGAAAAGGGAUUGA